AUGGAUUCGAAAAAUGAUGAAACUCCACCCGAUUCAACAAUAAUUGAUGUCAACUUAUUCAAUUUAGCUCCCGAAAAUGAUAAAAUUAAAGAACGACCACCAAACCCCGAGACCACUGCAGAUGAGGCGCCAAUGAGUUUCACUAUGUUUGAUGUCUGCCAAGAAUUGGAGAAAUUGAAAAAAGAAAUAAAUUCAAAGAAAGUCGGGAAACCAAUACCAACCAAAGGUCCAGGCCUGAAAAAGUACCAGUUGUCUGAUCGUACAAAGCAUCAGAAAAUUAAUGUGAAAUCAAGCGACUCUCUCUCAGGCCACGUUUCUUCUCUCAAUCCAUGGUCUUAUUACAAUCGCGAACUCAAGUUCAUCAUUUUUAGUAAAAAAAUGAAAUCAAUUUCUGAUGAAGAAGUAAUUGAAAAAGCACGCGAGGAAAUUGGAAUACGGAUUGCAUAUCAUAAAGAGAGAUGUGACGAGAACGAGGACCGGAUGCACGUUCAUUUCCGACACAAAUUGAUCGAGCUCAAAAGUGAAAUCGACAGAUACAAGGCUACAGUACUCCUUUUUGUGCUUCACAAUAGGAAACAAGAUGAGAUCGAGGCUCUGGAAAGAAAAAUGUUUCCUUUCCCAACAAAAGUGCUUAUGGAGAUGGAAUGA